UAUUACCCAGCGCGAGACAAGGAAUUGUCCGAGAAAUGCAGGCCGACUGACAGCUCGUGUUGCGGUAAUAAACUUAAUAGCUGUGGCAUUAGGGAAAGGAUCGAGUCGACUCAAUGCCUGGAAGCCUAACCUUUUCACUUGCGUGACCACGCUGCCUAUUUGUGUGCUAUAGACUGGACUGGUUGACUGAGCUGCACCACCUGCAAGAACAGUGAUAUGCUGGGAUCCCAAUGGUUGUCCAGAGACUGGCACAAUUUUGGAAUAGCAGAGGGAGAACAGCAUCAAUUAUAUAAUGUGCACUUGUAACCUGUAUUAUAAGUGCUGCAGAGUACACUGAUGGAAUUAAUAACUGAAUAACGGACGGAAAGACAGGAAGCUGGGCUGCCCCACACAGAGACGGGGGCAAAGGGGGGGAGCAGGGGGACAGGCGGAAGCAUGGAGGCCCCGAAGCAGAGAGAGCUAGUGCCUGAAGCACAGUGUCAAGAGGAGGAAGUGAGCAGUGAGGUGUGGCAGCCACCCAGCACAAACAGUGCUCCAUCUGCUGAGGGGAGGGUGCGCCGCAGCCAGCUCAACUUACCCGUCAUUAACCUGGACAGGCUGCGGGCAGUCAAGGCUCUGGUGGACAAGGCUGUAAAGCUCCGAAAAGUGUUCUCCAUCCAUGGUCCGUAUCCUGUGGUCCGUGCUGCCCUACGGGCAAGAGGCUGGGUGGAGCAUCGCAUGCCCCGCCCGGGUCUGCUACGCAGGCGUCGCCGUGGCGACGAGGAAGGUGACAGGAAUGACGUGGACGCCAGUGAUGACGAUGAUGACGACGAUGAUGGUGAGGCUCUGGAUAGUCCAGAGGAGGUGGAGAAGGAAGAUGACCCAGAUAACAUGUAUGAUCUCAUGUCUCGCAUGGUUCGAAAUGAAAUGACGUAUUUCUAUUGGACAACACGAAGAGACACCAUUGACAAUCGCACGUUGAGGAAGGAGCAGAUGACCAAUCAUUUUGCAAAGGCGGGAACUUUCACCACCAAGGUGGGGUUAUGUGUGAAUCUCAGGAGCCUGCAGUGGUAUGCUGCGGCAGAUCCAGACUCUUUCUUCCCACGGUGCUACAGGCUCGGGGCGGAAGACGAGAAACACGCUUUCAUCGAAGACUUCCGGAGGACAGCAUGUACCAGCCUUCUGCAGUGUGUAGUGGAGAGGAUUGUGGGCGAAGGACAAGAGUUUGGGGAAACAACUGGCCUCUCACCACAGGGUCAGAAGAGGUCAUGCAAGCGAAGGGCUGCCACCCUGGUGUCGUCCACUGUGAUCCAGAGAGCUCUGCGCGUGUGCCAAGCAUUUAUGGACAGCCUGGACCACAGUGACAUUGAUGUUGCCAUGGAGACAUCCCCCACCCUCACAGAGCAGGAGUGGGGAGAGUUCAUUCACAACUAUUACCGGGUGGUCCAUGAUGGGGUGGAGAUUGAGGCCAGUGCUCUCUAUGCAGACAGCUGUCAGGCCAUGCUGAAGAGGCUGUGGGAGGUCAGUCCACAGCUGGACACUGAUGGAAUCCACAACAUCUGGAUCAUCAAGCCUGGAGCCAAGUCCCGUGGCAGGGGCAUCAUGUGUGUGAAACACCUGGAUGAGAUCCUGAGGUUGGUGGACAGUGACCCUGUUCUCAUAAAGGACAGUAAAUGGGUGGUGCAGAAGUAUCUGGAACGCCCUCUCUUGAUCCACGGCACCAAGUUUGACAUACGGCAGUGGUUCUUGGUGACAGACUGGAACCCCCUAACCAUCUGGUUCUACAACAAAUGCUACCUGCGCUUUUCCACACAGCCAUACUCUCUGGAAACCCUGGACAGUUCAGUUCACCUCUGCAACAACUCCAUACAGAAGCACUUUCGGCCAUCUCCACUGCGUAACCCAGAGCUGCCCGAGGACAACAUGUGGUCAUGUGACCAGUUCCGGGUGUUCCUGGGCAAACAGGGCAGGGAGGCAGAGUGGGAGGGCGUGGUGGUGCCGGGGAUGCAGCAGGCGGUGAUGUACGCCCUGCAGACGGCCCAGGACCUGGUGGAGUGGCGACGGGGCAGCUUUGAGCUCUACGGCGCGGACUUCAUGCUGGGCCGGGACCUGCGGCCCUGGCUGAUCGAGAUCAACGCCAGCCCCACCAUGUCGCCUUCCACCGUCGUGACGGCCCGACUGUGUGCCGCUGUGCAGGAGGACACCCUGCGAGUGGUUCUGGACCGACGGUUGGACCGCAACGCUGACACUGGGGGAUUCAAGCUCAUAUACAAACAGGCUCCUGUGGAAGUGCCACAGUAUGUGGGGGUCAACCUGCUGGUGGAGGGGGCUCCUCUCCGGCGACCUCGCCCCCCACCUCAGAGAAAUCCAGUCCCAUUCAACCCUGCCCCUAUUAUUCUACCUCGCGCCGUCAAGUCAUGCCCCCAAAACUUCCUUCCCAAACAUCGUCCCCCAGGCAGAGAGAAUAAGAUGGUGGCAGAGAAGAAGGGGUCGCCUAAGUCCCCAAGGAGGUGGAGGAAGGGAAUGGUGCGACAAUUCACCUUCUCCAAUCUCAGCGUGCCCCCCGUGAACGUCCUGGAGUGCCCCACCUUGACAUCAGAAUCCAAGAAAGUGCAGCGAGUGAGGUUGAGCCUCACCACCAUAGAAGGCGUAUCCCGCUCUCAGGACUCCCCCUGGAACAGGUCUUUCCCGUGUGGCCACACCCCUCGGCCCCGCAAUGUCCGCCUGCUGCCUUUACCAGACCACUCCAGCAAUGUCCACAGCGGCCCUGUCCUGCCACUGGAGGUCAUUAGCCUGCAGCAUGGUCUGCUGGGUGCCGGACAGUCCUUUGACCCCGCCCCACUUGUCUCGCACCCUGGACUCCAACUGCAUCCCCUCUGCCACGUACGCAAACAGGUCAGGGCCAAUCAGGAAGGCUGCGCUGGUGUCAAGCAGUCCUCCUGAAAGAGUCCUGCAGUGAUCAGGGAAUAACGCAAACACAGCCUUCUGUAGUGUACUGCAGGGGUCCCCAAAUCUUUUCAUCUCACUGAUAAACAUCAGAGACAUUUAGCCAAUGCCCUAUACUGGAUGCAGUAAGUGGCUUAAGAAUGUCUGGCUUCAAUAAGUCACAGAAGCAUGUACAAGUAUUGAUGUCAUUACAGCAUGUUUAGAACUAUAUACAGUCCAAUGCAGUCUGUAAGUAUUUGGAUAGUGACAUUUUGGUCCCCUUAAAAUGGGGAAAGUAUGUAUAAAAAGGACCGUAAUUCCUACAAUGUUCAACUGAUAUGGAUGUAAAUACUCUCAAAUUAACUUUGACAGUCUGCAACCUCAUAUUCACAGUUUCAUUUCUAAUCCAAUGUUGUGGAGUACAGAGCCAAAACAAUAAAAAUUGUGUUACUGUCCAAAACACUUACGACUGCACUGUAUCUUCUAUAUAAAUGUUUAAUAUUUAAAUUACCACACUAUUAUUACAUUUUAUCUGAAAGCCUAAACUAUGACUUUCAUAAAAUAUAUUAAUAAACAAAAUAUUCUCUUCAAAACAUCUGUAUUUUUCUUAGGAUCCCCUGGAUCUCCAUCAAGAACCACUGGGGGUCACCAGACCCCAAGUUUGGGGACCCCUGUUGUAGACCUUUCCAUGCACACACAGAUAUUUAUAGAAGAUUGAGAUAACUACGAAUUGAAAAAUAAAACCAGUAUUAAAUUGUC